CGUCGUUACAUUUGUACGAUUUGCGCGCAAAAAGGCAUUGUUGAUUGUCGCCGGUGUUUGUAAAAAAAAUUGUUCGAGUGAUUAAUAAAUUAAAAAGUAAUACUCAAUUCAGAAUUAGUUCAUUAUUUUGCCAGAUUGUGUCUCAUUUGUUGAACAGGAUUUAUUCAGGAUUUAUUCAGGAUUUAUGAUUUACAGUUAUGUCUUCAUCAUCAAGUUCUGAUCAUCGCUGUGAUCUGUCCGAAGAGUCUUGUUCUAAUCUCAGCGAUAUUGAGCGACCAUCGACAAGUAAGAAAAAAUCAUCAAAAUCAUCAGUUUGUGUUGGGGACUCUCAUUCAUCGAGGGAAAAAAAUUCACAAUCUGUCAUUCCGUUGACGGUCGGAGUGGAGUUUGAUUCUAUUACUCAACUUGAAGAAUCAGUCGCAGCUUUUGGGAAAAAAGUUUAUUGUGUUUAUUAUAAACGCGAUAGCACAACUAUUGAACAGUGCAAGAAUAGGGGUAUUUCACGACCGUUAAAUGCUAAUUUGAAGUACUACCGAUUGGUGUACAGAUGUAUUCACGGAGGAAAAACAUUUAAAUCGUUGACGAAAGGCAUUCGAUCUUCAUCGACGUUUCAACAAGAAUGUCCGGCUAUGAUUUCUUUCAUUUGCAACCGUGAUGGAAACAAGCUGGUGCUAAAUAAAAUGAUUAAUAAUCAUAAUCAUAUCUGUGCGAAGAAAUUGUACGAUUUUUUGCCGCAAGUUCGAGCUAUGACAACAGAUGAAAAGACUCAAGUUAAAGAGUUGUUGGAUAUUCGUGCAGAUAAAAAAAUGGUCAAGCAAAAAUGUGGCUAUGAUUUUGAUAAGAAAAUUUUGCUCAAAGAUUUGUCCAAUCUUAUCUCGCGAAAAGGAGGCCAAAAUAAUUUGAAAAACACAGUUGAAAAACUUGAAAAAGAAUACGGAGCUGAAUGCCACAUAUUUGAAGAAGAUAAAGAAAUGAAGGGUCUUCUUUUCGCAACACCUCAUAUGAAACAAUCAAUGGCUGCAUAUUUCGAAUUUGUGGGUAUCGAUGGAACAUUUAAGCUUCUUAAUAUACGGGCUCCUGUUUAUCUGAUGGUAGUAGAAGAUUCUGAAGGGAACACCGAAAUCGUUGCUGUUUGCAUCCUUGUUAACGAAGACGCGGAAAGUAUGACUUGGUUUCUUCAAGCGUUCAAAAAAAUCCAUCCCUCUUGGUCAAAGACUAGGUGCAUCAUGGCGGAUAAGGAUUUGCUUGAAAGAAGAAUCAUCAAAUGCCAAUGUUUUGAUAUGUACAUUUCAUUCUCUGAGAACUUUUAACAGAGAGGUGAG